UUUUCAAAAAAAAAAUGCCAUUUACGUCAUCGAUUUAUGCAGUCUCUGUCGCCUCUGAAUCUAGUGACGUGAUUUCUUUGAUUGUUUUGACUUUGAUGCAAGCGUUCCAUUUUGAGCUGAGGACCACACAUCAUUCUUCACAUCGCCAUCAUGGUUCUCUUUAGCCGGAUCUGUGUCUCUCCGGCCGCUUUCCGGCAUUUCGUUGCCGGAACGAAUUCCCUGAUAUCAAAGGAUGUGAGUCGUUGUUUGAUGGCUGUGCAUGCCAUUAGCGAUAGGGACAAAUUCCAGGAACUCAGCAGAACCCCCAAACAAGAUGGGGCGACACGUUCGUCUGCUAAAAGCUUGAAGUACUGGAACGGUCUACAGUGCCAGACACGAGGCUUGUUUGGUCAGUGCCGGACAGGAGGUCUCGCAGUUUUAAAACAAGCGCUGAAGCCUGGCGUGUCCAACACAUGCUGGGUACCAUCGGCUGGCUACUGCGACGUUCCUGCUUAUUACAACGCCCUGAAGGACGACACAGGCCUGACGUUCAUGGGAGACUUCAGCACAGAGGACCAGGAGCUGAUACAGAGGCUCGCAUACAAUGAGCUGAAAAACAUGAUGGACAAACACCAGCUGCCGUACAAGAAAAGCUCACAUAAAAAUCACAAGUUUCACAAGAUUUUCGGCUCCAGCCUACAAAGUAUUGUGGAACACGAGGCCAAAUUAGGAUUUAAGCACGCCCCCUUCAUGACUUCAAUCGUCGUCAUGGAGUUGGUCAGGAUUCUGAUGAUAGGUGUGCCUGUAAGUGUCUUUGAUAUCCCAGGAUUGAACACAAAGGCCAUCAAGGAGGAAAUCAACGAAAAGUUCUACACCUCCCCCGUCAACCUAAAAAAAUAUGGGCCUCAAGAGGUCGCCAGCGUCCUCAAAUGUUUCCUCGAGGAACUCAAGGAGCCACUACUGAGUGUUGACCAUCUGGAAAGUUUCCCUCCUAUAUCAAAACUGCAUAACAUUCAUCGGCUCCAGAUCUUAAACUACCUGUACAUGAUGAUGCGUGUCGAACACAGGGACACACUACAGAUGCUCAGCUACCUGUGCCAGCACAUCUGCCACAACCGUCAGACCCAGGUGACAGCCAAGAUGGUGGCAGCGAGCCUGCACACGGCCAUCGGCUACUUCCCCGACACCAAGAACGCCAGCACAUUCGCCCAGAUGCAGCUGGAGAACGAGCUGUACACCCAGCUGUACUUCGACUACCACGACAAGCUGUGGGUGGUCCCCCCAGAACUAGUGAAGCAACUGAGACAGUUGUACGUGUCGGGCAAAGCUACAGUUAAACCGUCCAAAUUUCCCUGGUUUAAAAAAGUCAAGUUUGAUGGGGAGAAGGUUGUACCCAACUCUGAACUUGCGAGUCUUAAGGAAAUGAAUAUCAUGGUGCAAGCUCCACAUCUCCCUAAAACUGAGCAGCUGGUGAGGGUGGAUGGGGAGACAAAAGCCAUUGAAGUUGUUGCUUAUUUUGACACAAACGCCAAUCUGAUGAGGGAGUUGAGUACAACGUUGAUGCCAAAGAACCUCAACAUGAGACUACAACAGUACAACUACCUGUAUGAGGUGGGGGGCAACAUCGGUUCUCGCUGUAUCGACCCCAACGCCAAGGUUCUGGAAAUUUUCAAGAUUAAUCCCGACGCUGGCUUUGUCGUGCAGCCAGGCUUUGGGAGAUAGAGAUGUCAUGGGCAUUCAAGGGCAGAUAGACACGUGUUGGGCAUUCAAGGGCAGAUAGACACGUGUUGGGCAUUCAAGGGCAGAUAGACACGUGUUGGGCAUUCAAUGGCACAUAGGUUUUAGUAUUAAUAAUUUUCAAACAAAGUACGGGAUAAAAUUUUGUUAUCAAAUAAGAUUAUUUUAUUUCACUACAUUAUUUUUGAUAAACCAAUGUAUUAUACAACUAUAACAACAAAACACCACCAAACAAACAUCACCAAGCUACAUAACAACACUUUAGUAGAAUUUUUAAAAUGUAGUGUUUAAAAAAUAUAUAAUGUAUGACGUUGAUUUAUUAAAAAAAAAACACAUUUGUUCUUAGAAAUAAUAAUGACGAGAAUUACAUAUACAACAUAUUACAAUGUAAAAGUCGAAAUAAAAUGUACACCA